UCUUCAUCAUUUUCUACCGUUUCGGUCGCCGUUCUGCAUUUCAAUUCAGAUACACUCUUAUCAUAACUUCAACUCAACUAUCAAGAAAAUUAUAAGAAGUGUCAACUAGAGUAAUCGCCCAAUAUGCUCUUAGAAGAGCAAAGGUUCCUGCAUGAGGACCUGGAACGCCUCGAGCAGGGUAUCGCAGAUCGAAUCAGUGAUGAACCAAAACACAUACGAGAUCGAUUAGCGCGAGAUCACCAAAUAGCACAGUUCCUUGACCGCAUAUCCUCACAAUCUACAAAGCUUCUAAAUAUCUAUCGUGAUGCCGAUGGAUCGAGAUCGCGUGAGAUUCAACAGAUUGGGGCUGGCGACCCCAUGGACGAGUUUUACAAACAACUUGCCGACAUAAAGAAUUUCCAUGCGAAAUAUCCCAACGAACCCGUCGAGAAUCUUGAACGUGCAUACCGACCCAAGAGAGGACCCGAUGCCGAUUUACUACCUAGUAUCGUGGAUACUAUGUUUACCGGUGAAGAAGCGUUCGGUCGUUUCUUUGAUCUCCAUACGUGCCACGAGUUGUAUCUCAACCUUCCUAAUGCGAAGAGAUUGAGUUAUCUACAAUAUCUAGAAUCCUUCGACAAUUUCACACCAGGAGCUGCUGGAUUGAAGAGGUCUGAGAAAAUGACCGACCAAUAUUUCAAAUAUGUCGGUCAAGUCGCUUUGGAUCUCGAAACAUUUAUGCGAAAGACGCGGCCUCUAGAAAACAUAGAUAGGGUGAUUGCCGAUUUCGACAAGGAAUUUGAUGCUUCUUGGGAGAAGGACGAGAUCGCAGACUGGAAGAAUGAAGAACCAAAUAAUAAGUCUAGCGGUGGUUCCAAGCAAACCUCAACAGCGGAAGCGGUAUGGUGUGACCAUUGCGAAAAGGAGUUCAAGAAUGAAAAUGUAUAUAAGGGUCAUCUUUCGGGCAAGAAGCACAUACGAGCAGCAACAGAGCGAGCGCAAAGAUUACAAGGCGCAUCCGACGAUGGAACCGGCGCCGCCAAUGGUGCUCAUAAGGGGAAUACUUCGACAUACAGAUUGAAAGAGCGCGCUAUCGCCGAGAGGGAAUUCCGAGUGAAGCGCCUGGCGAGUGCGAUGAGUACUGAACGAAGCGAUACCCGAGUGAACGUCGAGCGAAAGCAAGGCAUGACGGAACGCGAAAGGCAACAGGAGCUGGAGAACCUAUUUAGCGCGACGGCUACCACGUCGCAACCUAAAGAUACUGAAGACGGAGAAGACAAUGACGACGAAGACAGAAUUUAUAACCCACUCAAACUUCCACUUGCAUGGGACGGCAAACCUAUUCCAUUUUGGCUUUACAAGCUCCACGGACUUGGUGUCGAAUUCCCUUGCGAAAUAUGCGGUAACUUUGUGUAUAUGGGACGAAGAGCGUUUGAUAAGCACUUUAAUGAAGCACGGCAUAUCUACGGCUUGAAGUGUCUCGGAAUCACAAAUACGAGCUUAUUUCGCGAUAUCACAGGUAUCGACGAGGCGUUGAGGUUAUGGGAAAAGAUCCAAAAGGAUAAACGAAAGGAUAAGGUAGACGACGGCAGUGUCGUACAGAUGGAGGACGCUGAAGGCAAUGUUAUGCCGGAGAAGGUUUACUACGACUUGCAGAAGCAGGGUCUAUUGUAAAACAUGUGUGUACUUACAGUGAUAAUUACAUGUCGCCUUGGUCAGAGCCACCAAGGACACAAUUCGCCGACAGAUUGCUUCUAAUUUGGCACAGUCGUCGCAUUUCUUCGAAUAAUGAUAAUGAAUACUAUGAUGUUGUACCUAAGUACUUCAGGUGCUCCACAG